AAAAAGCCACAAAUUUAUUGUAAAUCUAGAAGUACCAGAACAUCACUCAUACAGAUCAGCGAUCCUGUGGUGGUUUUCGUUUUUGUUCCACCCUUCCCAACAUUGGCACCCCUGAUUGUUGACAGACUGAAAAGGACACACGUUUUCCUGUCUCAUGCAGUAGACGAGAGCAGACCCCUCAGAAACCAGUUAUAAAUAUUAAACCAUCUCGAACAUUCGUAGUACAAAAUCGCUUGUAAAGUGCUAAAGUCAGAUAACACCUGCAAACCGACCCUCGAGCCUAGAGCAUUUAUUUCUUGGGGGCAGCCCCACAGAGCUUGCCAUCUCAUUUCACGCGCGUCUGCUCUUUCGGACAGACACCUUGUCUUCCAGUCACUCGCCCUCCCCCAAGUUUUACAGAUUGUCCUACUAGUUCUAUGGCUGAUAAGAUGCUGUAUUACACGUGGCGGGUGGUGACGCACCACACCACUUCCGUCUCAGUGCAGAGAGGAGAUUCAAGCUUGUGUGUACCUGUAACCGGACUAGGCUUGUUCUACGUUUCCCCCUGAGUUGUCCUUAACAGGAAAGAUGAGGAAAGGUCAAGAAGUGAGCGUCGACCACCCUGUCGGGGAGACACUGUCAAACAGGUGAGGAAGCAGCCCCCCUCAUCCUCACCCUACCCCCUUUACAGAGAACUGCUAGAGUGCAGAACAUUAUAGACACAUGUAGUUUAACUCACUGACAGCAGUGACCAGGUACCCAUGGCAACUUAGGGCGACCAAGUUCUACAGAAGAUGUAAACUGCAACUUGUAACUCGUGAUGGUGACGUCUGCGUGUCUCCCAUUUCAGGCGAAAUGAAGAAAUGCUUCCACAGUUACAGAUCGAACAGUAAUAACAACAACAAUGACAACGACAGCAGACAAGCCACUGGAAAUGUUCUAACAAUUCAACGAAGUAGAAUUCUGACUGAAGAAGGUCCUCAAGUAUUCUUAGCAGACAAUGCAGAAGCAAAGGCCGUUUGCCUCCUGUUGUCCCCCCUCCAAAUAGCACAACGUUGCCUUUAACAACCCCCGGAGAAUCGUUACAACCUGGGCUGCGGAAACCGAGACCCGGGAAAGCUCUCCGAAGCAGUUACGGAGCUGCAGAACAGAGGGGGAAGAAACUGACGAGCCAGUUAAACACUCGAAGACGAAGGAAAACAUCUGUUGGCGUGGAAAAGUGAUUAUUUCCCAAGCUACCGAGUAAAACACAACAGGCCUGGCUGUUUGAACUCUGGUUUCUUGUCAGAUUUUCUUCUUUCAGGAAACCUUACAGAAACCUCCCGCCAUCUGGAACUCAGAGACUCAUCUGGGAGCCGACUGUGGCUUCUAGAAGAUCCAGGUGUUCUGCAGAUGUGAGAAUGUAUCCCACAGUCACCAGAUGAAGCCCUAAGCAGAUGCAAGGCUUGCAUUAUAGCCUUAGUCUCCCCAAGUGCAAAGGGUCACUUCCUGGCUAAGUGGCCAGGAGCGGUUAUUGACGUUGAUGUCUGAGUGCUGCACCUGACCAGUCAUCUGAUUAGGCUGUGAUGAGAAGACAUCUUGAGGGGACCAACCCGACUUUGGGGGGGGACCACAUUCUUGACCUUCUUAGAUUAGGAUUCCAUAUGGGGACCUCGUUUCUGUAGCCCCUGCCAUCCCUGUAGCCAUCGCUAACACCAGAGUGUUCUUGACAACUGGACUCCUUGGUGACUUCCUGCACUGAAGGUGAACAAAGAGAAAACUCUUCGAGAGAUUCAUGUGGUGGCCGGAUAUCACUUCACGAAGACAACAGGAAGUCGUUGUGUCCUACCAUGGGCUGGCUCUUUCUAAAGGUUUUGUUGGUUGGCAUGUUUUUUUCUGGACUUCUCUACCCGUUCGUGGAUUUCUCUAUCAGUGGGGAAACAAGAGCCCCCAGACCAAACAUUGUGAUCAUUUUGGCUGAUGACAUGGGAUGGGGUGAUCUGGGAGCAAACUGGGCAGAAACAAAGGAUACCACCAAUCUUGACAAAAUGGCUUCCGAAGGAAUGAGGUUUGUAGACUUCCACGCAGCCGCUUCUACCUGCUCGCCGUCCCGAGCCUCCCUGCUUACCGGCCGACUGGGUCUACGGAACGGAGUCACGCACAACUUUGCAGUCACCUCUGUAGGGGGGCUUCCACUCAACGAGACCACCUUGGCAGAGGUGCUGCGGCAGGCCGGUUACGUCACUGCCAUGAUAGGCAAGUGGCAUCUUGGGCAUCAUGGCUCUUAUCACCCCAGUUUCCGCGGCUUCGAUUACUACUUUGGUAUCCCGUAUAGCAACGACAUGGGCUGUACCGACAACCCCGGCUACAACUACCCUCCUUGCCCAGCAUGUCCGCAAAGCGAUGGCCGAUGGAGGAACCCUGACAGGGACUGUUACACAGACGUGGCCCUUCCUCUCUAUGAAAACCUGAACAUCGUGGAGCAGCCGGUGAACCUGAACGGUCUUGCACGGAAGUACGCAGAGAGGGCAGUGGAGUUCAUUGAGCAGGCAAGCACCAGUGGAAGACCCUUCCUGCUCUAUGUGGGCCUGGCCCACAUGCACGUGCCUUUGUCUGUAACUCCACCGUUGGCCAACCCACAGAGCCAAAGGCUGUACCAUGCAAGUCUCCAGGAGAUGGACAGUCUGGUAGGGCAGAUCAAGGACAAAGUAGACCACGUGGCAAAAGAAAACACACUCCUCUGGUUUGCAGGAGACAACGGCCCGUGGGCUCAGAAGUGCGAGCUGGCAGGCAGCAUGGGCCCCUUCUCCGGAUUGUGGCAAACCCAUCAAGGGGGAAGUCCAGCCAAGCAGACCACCUGGGAAGGUGGGCAUCGGGUCCCAGCACUGGCUUACUGGCCUGGCAGAGUUCCAGUCAAUGUCACCAGCACCGCCUUGUUAAGCUUGCUUGACAUCUUCCCCACCGUGAUAGCCCUGGCGGGAGCCAGCUUGCCCCCAAACCGGAAGUUUGAUGGAGUGGACGUCUCUGAAGUGCUCUUUGGCAAGUCACAAACGGGGCACAGGGUACUGUUCCACCCCAACAGUGGGGCUGCUGGAGAGUACGGCGCCCUGCAGACUGUCCGCCUGGACCGUUACAAGGCCUUCUACAUAACGGGUGGAGCCAAAGCUUGUGACGGGGGCGUGGGUCCCGAGCAGCACCACGUCUCCCCUCUCAUUUUCAACCUAGAAGAUGAUGCUGCUGAAAGUUCCCCUCUACAGAAGGGAAGCCCCGAGUACCAGGAGCUGCUGCCGAAGGUCACCAGGGUUCUUGCAGAUGUCCUUCAAGACAUUGCUGAUGACAACAGCUCUCGAGCAGACUACACUCAGGAUCCUUCCGUGACCCCUUGCUGUAACCCUUAUCAAAUUACCUGCCGUUGCCAACCCGGGGAAUGACAGGUCAUUCCCCGACCCCCACCCUGUGAGAAACACUAUCUGCAAAUUUUAGACAGGUGGGUUUACUUCCAACCUUCAGUUUGGUCGUGGAAGUCAAUUUUAGAAAGGAAGUUGCAGAAUUUGGUUAGGAAGCUACAGUGUUACCUCUCUGUGUGUGGACUGUCUCCUC